AAAUGUUUGACACGCCUUUAAUGACAAUGUCAAUUUAAAACGCCUUCAUAUUUAUUUACCACAAAAAUGACAAGUCGCUAUUUAUAAUUUAAUUAAAAAAAACCUAUUAUAAAAAAGUAAAAUGAGUUUGAAAAUUCACGAUAAAAAGAAUAGAUUGAUACCAUAUGCAAACAAUGAUUGGUGCAAUCCUCGUGACUGGAGCUUCGUUGACGGCCAGCCUGUUCGUGGUGCAGGUGGCUGUGAUCCCUCUCCUCUUCAAGUAUAGUAAGGCUGUGCAGAGGAAAAUGGUGUUUUCCAAUUGCAUAAAUUAUCCAAGGAACUUGGACUAUGAGAAUCCCUCUAGCUGUAAUGUCAUUGGUGGUAGAAAUUUCAAGAUUGAAUUUGUUUCUAAAGUUGACAAAUGCCCUAUUAAAAUAGGCGUAUGGCACAUUGUCCCUUGCUGUAUGUUUCGAGACGUGUUUGUGGUGCGGGACUACAGCAGGCUGGAUGAGCGACUCCACGAAGAACUGAGCAAGACGCAGAAUACAGUCGUGUUGUAUUGCCACGGUAAUUCAAACCACCGGGCGUCCCCGCACCGAUUGCAAAUGUACAAAGUGUUCCAAGAACUGAAUUUCCACGUGAUCACUUUCGAUUACAGGGGAUACGGAGACUCCACUCGGAUUCGUCCGACGGAGCGGGGCGUGGUGGAAGACGCCUUCCAGGUGUAUUCCUGGCUGCUGGAGUCACUCAACAAGGCGCGCAAACCCACUGUUCUGCUGUGGGGACACUCGCUUGGCACAGCGGUAGUGGCGAACCUGGCGGCACGGUUCCAGGAACUGUGUCAGGAUGCGGGGAAGAAGAUUCCACCACCAGACGCGUUGGUAUUGGAGGCACCUUUCAACAAUCUCGCCGAGGAGAUAGAGCGCCACCCUUUCUCCAAGCUAGUCUCCUGGCUUCCGUACUACAAGGAGACUUUUGUGAAACCUUUCGCCGCCUCUUCAGAGUACUCCUUCACCACAGACCAGUACUUGGUGGCAGUUCCACAAAUGCCGAUCCUUAUAAUGCAUUCUGAAGGCGACAAAAUCGUACCAUACGACUUGGCUGUUAAGCUCCAUGAGACGGUAUCGCUGUCUCGCUCGCGCAUGCCAGAUGCAGCCAUCCUGAAGUUCCACACCAUAGAGAAGAGCAUGGGCAUAGGACACAACAACUUAUGCGACUGUCCUCACGUGAGGACGGUUGUUAGCGAUUUUCUUCAGCAAAUCGAAAAGAAACAUUGAUACUUCAACGUCAUAUUUGAACCAUUUUUUAAUUUAUAAAAGAAUAAAGUGAUUGUGUGGUUUUGAUUG